CCUAGCAACGGCAAACGCCCGAUCCGUAGUGGAACUGGCCCGAAUGUGCUGAUUAGCCCCAGAAGCUAGCAGUGAAAAGACAAAUACUAGUUUACAAUGGAUAAAGAUGACCUGGAUGAGCUUUUAGAUGAAGUGGAAAAGAAGUUCUGCGGUAAAGUUUCUGCUGCGUGUUCCGAUGAAAAGCAGAACAAACGGGAAAAUAAGCUUGGAGAACGGAGUGCUGCAACAUGUGAAGAACCAAAAAGCAGCAUCUCUGAGGACAUUGAUGCCCUUCUGGAGGAAUUGCUGGAGGACGAUUACAGCAGUUCUCCUCCGUCAAAGAGUGAAAAUGUUUCUAAAAGAGACGAAGCAGAAAAGAAGCCGUCAGCACAGAGUGCAGGAAGGAAGUGCUGUCCUGUUUUUAUCGGCGGGAGCUCAGUCACAAACGGUGUUGGAACAGCCACAUCCAAAAGGUCAUGUGACCAGCUGAGGUGCAUCUCUUGUGACUUCCGGGUGCUGAUGUUUGAUGAUUCUGAAUGGGACACAUCCUGUGAUUACCUGUUUCUAAGGUGAGCGCAAUAGGAAUACUUUUUAACCACACUUUACCAAAAUAUGUAAUUCU